AUGUCUACCACCACCUCCGCCUCGACCUCCGCGUCGGCCACCUGCACCGGUUCCAUGUGGGAGCUCCCCACCAAGGACAUCGCCUGCGCACUCCCCAAGUCCGGCAACGCCACCGACAUCCUUGACAAGUGCUGCAAGCACGCCAAGGUCUCUGACUACAACGACGGCUGCGGCAUCUACUGUCUGGCCCAGGAGCAGUCGGCCAAGGACCUGACCGACUGCUUCCGCGACGAGGGCGCCAAGGACGGCCAGUUCUUCUGCAGCGGUGGCAACUCGUCCCUGACGGCCACCGCCGCCGUGCCCUCCAAGACCGGCGACUCCGACUCCGAUUCCUCCUCCACCGGUACCUCCACCGGCAGCUCCGCCAGCUCCACCUCCAGCGACUCCGCCGCCAUUGCCCUGAGCCAGCCCGUCUCCAAGAGCGGCCUGGGCUUGUUGGCCAUGCUGGUCUGCUCCGCCCUGAUGGGUGUUGUUGCUUAG